AUGGGAAACGAUGAAGCGAAGGCGCAGUAUGGAGAAGACCUGCAAAAUCUAGUGUACAUCCCCGAGCUACUGAACAUCGAUGUAGAGAAAUUCUGGGGAGACAAAACAUUCGAAAUAUUUAACAAAGAGGAAAAUGUAAAAGAAUUACACAAAAGGAAAUUUGCAGCCAUUUUUUUGUACUCAACAACGUUAAGAACCAAUCACACCAUCAUGUACUUCCACAGCAACUCCUGCGAUUUAGGACAAAUAUAUGACGAAAUGUGUAACUUGCAUGAACACUUACAAGCGAACAUACUCGCCAUAGAAUAUACAGGGUUUGGGUUAUGUUAUUUGUCGGGAUCCCCUAAUCAAUACAAUAUCAACAGGAGAGCACUAGCUGCAUAUAAUUUCUUAAAGUCAUUAAAUUUAAAAAGUGAACAAAUCGUACUAUUCGGAAGAUCCAUAGGCACAGGAGUAGCUACAAAAUUAGCAUAUAAUUUAAAGUUACUUGGAGAUGAUGUUGGAGGAAUUAUUUUACAUUCUCCAUAUGUGUCAAUCGAAAAGCUAGUAGAAGAAUAUUUUACCUACUCAUCUUACAUCAUUGAAAAUAUAUAUGACAAUUUUAAAAAUUUGUCUGCCCUUAGUAAAGGUGAUGAUAGUGACACUCCCCUUUUGCUAAUACAUGGGAAAGAGGAUGAAGUUAUUGGCGUUUCUCACUCUGAGUUCCUCAUGCAGAAUUUGAACAACAAGUUCAAGACGGCCUUCUACCCCGCUGACUCGUACCACAAUUAUUACUACGUCAUUGAUGACCUCGGUGUACCCAGCAAGACCUUCCUAGACACCCAGAGCAAAUCGCGCCACGAGAAGUGCGUGGACAUAAUCGUGCCCAAGUCUUUCUUAAAAAAAGAGCUCGAGACAUACAGAGUUCUAACCGCAGAUACAGCGGGGACGCAACUAGGAAUAGGUAAGAACAAAUCCGAAGGGACAUCUACCGCACCAGACAUAGAGCAAAAGAAAAAAAAAAAAUAUGUUGCAUAUAGUGAGAGGAAGAGGAAUAGCGUCAAUUCUCUUCCAACAAAACGCACCAAUGAAAACGACUCGAAGAAAAAAGAAAAACAGUAUAAAGAAAAAUGGGAAACAAAAAAUGAUAAGAAUGUCGGACAUGUAACACCACGACGUGAAAAAGACAAAAUGGGAACCAUCGAACAGCCCUUUUCCAAAAACAGUGACAAAGAAGAAGAGUCCAAGAAAGAACCCCUAAAACAUAGUCACAAAAUUGACAUAAUAAUAUCAUCUCUAAGCGAAAAGGGAUUAAAAAAUUUGAAAAAAAAAAAGCACAAACAUAGUACAGAUCUUAAGGGAGCAUCUAGACAUGGUCUGAUAGCCCCCAGGAGGGAUAAGCUCAACGCAUCCGCACCCCCAUCCAUAUCAGCAUCUGCGUGUGCAUCGGACAGUGUGAGUGAAAGGAAAGAGCGGGAACAGAUAUCAAGCAAUUCGAAGAAUAAAAAUGCGGAUUAUUACAAGUCCAAAAAGGGGGAACACACACAAGAGACAAGGCACAGGAAGCCCCGUGAUAAAGAACCAUGUCGCAUAGAAAUUAAAAAAAAGGAAAUGAGAGAUAGUAAUGAGACAUGUGACACCAUGCAGAAGAUCAAUUAUAAUGAAAAGACUUUAAGUGGUUGGAAGAAAUGCAAAGAAGAAAGGAGCCAUGGGGAAUACAAACCUGAUGGACAGCAUAAGGAUGAUACUCUCUCCACAAUUGAUGAAGACGGGAAAAGAGAACACACUUAA